AUGUCGCACAAUUAUAGUGGCAUGGAAGGUAAUGGCAACCACGACUCCUACUAUGCUGAUGAUUAUAGCCAGGAGUCGGCCGGUGGUCAGCAUGGCCAGUAUCAGGGCUAUGAUGAUACGUAUGGACACCAGCAGCAGCAUGGCGGUGCCCAGUAUUACGAGGACGAGCAGGCUGGUGGGUAUUAUGAGCAUGAUGCCCAGGGCGCUGCUCAUUAUAAUCCUCAUGAACAGUAUGUGGAUGACGGAUAUCCAGACGAGGCUUAUGCCGCUGGUCCUGCUAAUCCCUACGCUUCUUCGGGCGCUCAUCAUGGCGGGUACCAGCAUGAAGGUAUCCGUGCAUCUGAUGAAGGUUCCGAGACUUUUAGUGAUUUCACUAUGAGAUCCGACGUGGCUCGUGGUGCUGAGAUGGAUUAUUAUCGUCAGGGUGGCCAUGCUAAUGGCCAGGAUCCUAGAGGCGUUAAUUACUACUCUCAGGACUACCAAGAUGAUGGUUAUAGUGCCCAAACUGGCGGCACUCCUUCGACCCCUUAUGACCAAAGAGCUGUCUCUUCACAAAUGUCGUUUAAUGGUAACCGUUCGUCAGGUGCUUCGACUCCUAUCUACGGUCUUGAUUACGGCAGUGGAAUGGCGGAUAUGCAACAACGGUCUCGUGAACCAUACCCUGCUUGGACCGCUGAUAACCAGAUUCCUCUUAGUAAAGAAGAGAUUGAGGACGUGUUUAUCGACUUGACUAACAAGUUUGGUUUCCAAAGAGAUUCCAUGAGAAACAUGUUUGAUCAUUUGAUGACAUUGCUUGAUUCGCGUGCCAGUCGUAUGACUCCUAACCAGGCUUUAUUGUCGCUUCACGCCGAUUAUAUUGGAGGUGAUGGUGCUAAUUAUAAGAAAUGGUAUUUCGCUGCCCAAUUCGAUUUGGACGACGAGAUUGGUUUCCGUAAUAUGAAGCUCGGUAAGACGAGUAGAAAGGUUCGAAAGGCCAGAAAGAAGUCCAAGGCUGCUAGAACCGCUGAUGAGGACCCUCAAAAGACUUUAGAAGAGUUGGAGGGUGAUAACUCGCUCGAGGCGGCCGAGUACAGAUGGAAGACUAAAAUGAACCAAAUGUCACAACUCGAGAGAGUGCGUCAAAUCGCUCUUUACUUGCUUUGUUGGGGUGAAGCCAACCAAGUUCGUUUUGUGCCUGAAUGUUUGUGUUUCAUCUUCAAGUGUGCUGAUGACUACUUUUUGAGUCCCGAGUGUCAAAACAGACGUGAACCUGUUCCUGAAGGUGAUUAUUUGAACAGAGUCAUUACUCCUCUUUACCGAUACAUGAGAGACCAAGGUUAUGAGAUUCUUGAUGGCAAGUAUGUCAAGAGAGAACGUGACCACAACAAGGUCAUUGGUUAUGAUGAUAUCAACCAAUUGUUCUGGUACCCCGAGGGUAUUGAACGUAUUGUGUUUGAGGAUGGUGCUAGACUCGUCGAUAUUCCCGGUCCUGAUAGAUAUAUGAAACUGGGUGACGUGCAGUGGAAAAACGUCUUUUUCAAGACAUACAAGGAAACCCGUUCUUGGUUCCAUUUGGCCGUCAACUUUAACCGUAUCUGGGUUAUCCACAUCACCAUGUUCUGGUUCUACACUGCCUUCAGUUCUCCUACUUUGUACACUAAAAACUACUCUCAACUUUUGGACAAUGCUCCUCUUGCCCAAACUCGUUGGUCUGCCGUCGGUCUUGGUGGUGUUGUUGCUUGUUUGAUUCAAAUCAUUGCUACCCUGUCUGAAUGGGCUUUCGUUCCUAGAAACUGGGCCGGUGCUCAACACUUGACCCGUCGUCUUAUGUUUAUUAUUAUUAUCCUUCUCAUCAAUCUUGCUCCUGCUAUCUAUGUCUUGGGUUACAUUGGCAUUGAUACCAAGUCGAAAUCUGCUUUGAUUGUGGGUAUUGUACAAUUCUUUAUUGCUGUGUUUACUUUCUUGUUCUUUUCCGUCAUGCCUCUUGGUGGUUUGUUCGGCUCGUACUUGAACAAGAAGACCAGACGUUAUGUUGCUUCGCAAACCUUCACCGCUUCUUUUGCUCAAUUAAAGGGUAAUGAUAUGUGGAUGAGUUAUGGUUUGUGGUUGAUUGUGUUUGUUGCCAAAUUUGCCGAGUCCUACUCGUUCUUGAUCCUGUCUAUUCGUGAUCCUAUCCGUGAUUUGUCUAUCAUGACCAUGAGCAGAUGUGUUGGUGAGACUUAUUUUGGUAACACCUUGUGUAGACAACAAGCUCGUAUCACCUUGGGUUUGAUGUACUUGACUGAUUUGGUGUUGUUCUUCUUGGAUACCUAUCUGUGGUACAUUAUCUGUAACACCAUUUUCUCGGUUGCUCGUUCUUUCUACUUGGGUAUUUCCAUUUGGACUCCUUGGAGAAACAUUUUCUCGCGUCUUCCAAAGCGUAUCUACUCCAAGGUCUUGGCUACUACCGAUAUGGAGAUCAAGUACAAGCCCAAGGUCCUUAUCUCGCAAAUCUGGAACGCCAUUGUUAUCUCCAUGUACCGUGAACAUUUGCUUGCUAUUGACCACGUUCAAAAGCUUUUGUACCACCAAGUUCCUUCUGAAGUCGAGGGUAAGAGAACCUUGCGUGCUCCUACCUUCUUCGUUUCUCAAGACGAUAAUUCGUUAGACUCUGAAUUCUUCCCCAAGAACUCCGAGGCUGAACGUCGUAUUUCUUUCUUUGCCCAAUCUCUGUCUACUCCUAUCCCAGAGCCUUUGCCUGUUGAUAACAUGCCUACCUUCACUGUCUUGGUUCCUCACUACUCUGAAAAGAUUCUCUUGUCUUUGCGUGAGAUUAUUCGUGAGGAUGAUCAAUAUACUCGUGUUACUUUGCUUGAGUACCUCAAGCAAUUGCACCCUGUUGAAUGGGACUGUUUCGUCAAGGAUACCAAGAUUCUUGCUGAAGAGACCUCUUACACCAAUGAUUCCAACGAGAACUUUGAAAAGGAGGAGGACAAGGAGACUAUCAAGAGUAAGAUUGAUGACUUGCCUUUCUACUGUAUUGGUUUCAAGUCUGCUGCUCCUGAAUACACCCUGCGUACCCGUAUCUGGGCCUCUUUGCGUUCGCAAACUCUGUACCGUACUGUUUCUGGUUUCAUGAACUACGCCCGUGCUAUCAAGUUGUUGUACCGUGUUGAAAACCCAGAGGUUGUUCAAAUGUUUGGUGGUAAUUCCGAGAAACUCGAGCGUGAGUUGGAGAGAAUGGCCCGUAGAAAGUUCAAGUUCGUUGUUUCCAUGCAAAGAUUGACCAAGUUCCGUCCUGAGGAGAUGGAGAACACCGAAUUCUUGCUCCGUGCCUACCCCGACUUGCAAAUCGCUUACCUUGACGAAGAACCUCCUCUUAAUGAAGGUGAAGAACCCCGUCUUUUCUCUGCUCUUAUCGAUGGUCACUGUGAAAUUAUGGACAAUGGCCGUCGUCGUCCCAAGUUCCGCGUUCAAUUGUCUGGUAACCCUAUUCUCGGUGACGGUAAAUCUGAUAACCAGAAUCAUGCCAUUAUCUUCUACCGUGGUGAAUAUAUCCAACUUAUCGAUGCUAACCAAGAUAACUAUCUUGAAGAAUGUUUGAAGAUCAGAUCUGUCUUGGCUGAGUUCGAGGAGUUGAACGUUGAACCCACUAAUCCCUACACCCCUGGCUUGCCCUCUACUGACCACAGUCCUGUCGCUAUUCUUGGUGCUCGUGAGUACAUUUUCUCUGAGAACUACGGUAUUUUGGGUGAUGUUGCUGCCGGUAAGGAACAAACAUUCGGUACUUUGUUUGCCCGUACUUUGUCUCAAAUCGGUGGUAAGUUGCACUAUGGACAUCCUGAUUUCUUGAACGGUGUUUACAUGACUACUCGUGGUGGUGUGUCCAAGGCUCAAAAGGGUUUGCACUUGAACGAAGAUAUUUAUGCUGGUAUGAAUGCCUUGUUACGUGGUGGUAGAAUCAAGCACUGUGAAUACUACCAAUGUGGUAAAGGUCGUGAUUUGGGUUUCGGCUCUAUUCUCAAUUUCACUACCAAGAUUGGUACUGGUAUGGGUGAACAAAUCUUGUCUCGUGAAUACUACUAUCUUGGUACUCAGUUGCCUUUGGAUAGAUUCUUGUCUUUCUUCUAUGCUCACCCUGGUUUCCACAUUAAUAACUUGUUCAUUAUUGUGUCUGUUCAAUUGUUUAUGCUUUGUUUGCUUAAUAUUGGUGCUCUUGUCCACGAAUCCAUUGUUUGUAUGUACGACAAGAACAAGCCUAUUACUGAUGUUCAAAAGCCCCUUGGUUGUUACAUGCUUAAACCUGUUAUCGGUUGGAUGCAAAGAUGUAUCUUGUCUAUCUUCAUUGUGUUCUGGAUCGCCUUUAUUCCCUUGGUAGUUCAAGAAUUGACUGAAAAGGGUGCUUGGAGAGCUGCUACUCGUUUCAGUAAGCAAUUAGCCUCGUUGUCGCCUCUUUUCGAAGUGUUUGUGUGUCAAAUCUACGCCAACUCUUUGUUGAGUGACUUGGCUUUCGGUGGUGCUCGUUAUAUUGCUACUGGUCGUGGUGUUGCUACUGCCCGUAUUCCUUUCAGUGUCUUGUACUCGAGAUUUGCUGGUGAUUCCAUCUAUCUUGGUGCUAGGGCUGUUAUGAUGUUGCUGUUCGGUACUUUGGCCAUGUGGCAGCCUGCUCUACUGUGGUUUUGGAUUACCUUAACUGCCAUGUGCAUUUCCCCAUUCACUUUCAACCCCCAUCAAUUUGCCUGGACCGAUUUCUUCAUUGAUUACAGAGAUUUCAUCAGAUGGUUGUCCCGUGGUAACUCCAAGUGGCACCGUAACUCUUGGAUUGGAUAUGUUAGACUCAGUAGAACCCGUAUCACUGGUUUCAAGCGUAAAGUGCUGGGUGACCCCUCUGAGAAGGCUGCUGGUGAUGUUGCUAGAGCCGGUUUCGGUAACCUCAUCUUUACUGAGUUCAUCAUUCCCAUCUUUGUUGCUGCUGCCUGUUUCGUUCCUUACACUUUCAUUAACGCUCAAAAUGGUGUUCACAAUGUCAAACCAGUGAACUCUGUUCUUCGAUUGGCUAUUGUCACCUUUGGUCCUAUUGCCAUUAAUGCCGGUGCUUUGCUUGUCUUGUUCUUCAUGUCGUGUUGUAUGGGUCCUAUUCUUGGCGUCUGCUGUAAGAAGACUUCGACUGUCAUGGCCGCUAUUGCCCACGGUAUUGCUGUCAUUGUCCAAAUUGUCUUCUUUGAAGUCAUGUGGUUCAUGCAAGGAUUUGUUUUCAAGUCGGCUUUGUUGGGUAUGAUUGCCUCUUUGGCAAUUCAAAGAGUAUUCUUGAAGAUCUUGGUCGCUCUUGUGUUGACUCGUGAAUUCAAGCACGAUCAAGCUAACCGUGCCUGGUGGUCUGGUAAGUGGUACUCUGCCGGUCUUGGAUGGAUGGCCUUUACCCAACCUUCUCGUGAGUUUGUGUGUAAGAUUGUUGAACAAAUGAUGUUUGGCGGUGACUUUAUUCUUGGCCACUUCUUGUUGUUCUUCCAGGCUCCUGUUCUUUUCAUCCCCAUGAUUGACAAGUGGCACUCUAUGAUGCUCUUCUGGUUGAGACCCAGCAGACAAAUCAGACCUCCUAUCUUCUCAUUGAAGCAAAACAAGCUUCGUAAGCGUAUGGUUCGCAAGUAUGCCACUCUCUACUUUGGUUUAUUCCUUCUGUUCCUGGUUCUUAUCAUUGCUCCUGCUGUUGCCGGUAAGUCCAUCAGAAUCAGCAGUAUCACCAAAGACCUGCCAUCAUUUGCUGACGGUUUGUUCCAACCUACUGGCCAGAACAACAAUGAUACUGGUCCAGGAGGUUUGGCUUCCGCCAUCACCGUCACCCCCACCUUGGCCAACUUCACUACUAAGCCAUAA